AUGACAUCGACUCUACGUUCGAAAUUUUCCAAUGCUCAUUCAACUACUUCUAGUUUAUCUCAAGAUCCUCAUCCAUUCUUACGUAUGCAAAUAUAUAAUUUUCAAAUACAACCGAGUAAUCAAUCUGUAAAUUUAUCACAUAUUAGAACACAAGUUGAACUUAAAGAAAAACUUCGAACAACACGAGAUAAUAUUGAAAAACCAUCAAAAGUUAAAUUUCCAGUAUAUCUUGAAAAAGAUAAAUGUAUUCCAUUUGAUGCUGGUUUAUUACAUAAAAUAAAAAGACAAAUUAUUAUUCGUAUUCAUUAUGAUAAUGUUAUGUAUAUAUUCGAGUCAGAUUUAGAUGCAUUGAAAAAGAUAGCUGAUGGACGUAGACAUCGAUUUUACUUUACACCACAAGCUCAAGCUGAAAUGGCUGUGAAAUAUAAAGAUUCAACUGGACAAACAAUUGUUGGAUUAGAUGUUAAACAAGGUGAAAGUCGUUUAGCUGAACGACGUCAACAAAUUUAUAAACAUUUUGGUCAUGAAUUUGUACCAAAAAUAUUUAAAUUACCAACAUUUUGUUCUGUAUGUACAGAUUUUCUUUGGGGAUUUGCCUAUCAAGGUUAUCAAUGUCAACGAUGUGAUUGUGUUGUACAUAAAGGAUGUUAUAGUCGAUAUGCAUGUCCAUGUAAAGGAAAAAAAUAUCCAGAUCUUAAAAUAAAUGUUGCUCACACAUUUGAACUUCAACCAUUUUCUUUAAAACCUCUUUUUUGUGAUCAUUGUGGAAGUUUUAUUCGACCUGGACAUGUUCAUAAAUGUUCUUAUUGUACAAUGAUUGUUCAUCGUCGAUGUAUAGCAAAAGUGGGUAAUUAUUGUGGAUGUAAAGAUAAUGUUUUAGCAUUAUAUGAAAAAUGGAAAGAGACACAUGAUAAUGAAUCAGAUUAUAAUUAUCAAUAUAAUGGUGAUCUAUAUAAUAUUUAUUCAAGUCUUAGUAGUGCUGAACAACAAGAAUAUACUCAAAAAGCAAUUGAACGUGUAUCGAAAUGUUAUCGACCAAAUAUAACAACUGGAUUUAAUAUAAAUCAAUUGCAAUUAAUAAGUACAUUAGGACAAGGAAUGAAUGGAGCAGUUUAUCUAGUUCAAUAUGAUCGAAAUCAUUAUGCAAUGAAAGUAUUAUGUAAAAAUGUUGUAUUAGAAGGACAAGAUUUAGCUUAUGUUAUGUUAGAAAGAAAAGUCAUGAUUCAAAGUCAAUCAAAUCCAUUUAUAAUUCAAUUAGCUUAUGCAUUUCAAAAUGCUGAAAGAUUAUUUUUUUUAAUGGAAGUAGCACGUGGUGGAAAUCUUUAUCGUAUGCUUUUGGAACAAACACCAAGACCAUUUGCAUAUGAUCGUAUUGUUUUUCAUUCUGGAGAAAUCGCUUGUGCACUUUCAUUUCUUCAUUCAAAACGUAUUGCUUAUCGUGAUCUUAAACCUGAAAAUGUUCUUAUAUUUGAAGAUGGACAUAUAAAAUUAGGUGAUUUUGGUUUAUGUAAAGAAAAUAUCGAUCAAAAUCCUAAAGCAACAACAUUUUGUGGUACACAAGAAUAUAUAGCUUAUGAAAUCUAUAAACAUUUUGAAUAUGAUGAAAAUGUUGAUUGGUGGUCAUUAGGUAUAAUGAUCUAUGAAUUAUUUACAUUUAUAACACCAUUUUAUGAUGAAGAUGAAUUACAAAUCGAAGAAAAUGUUCUUUUUAAAGAUGUUUACUAUCCUGAAACAAUGCGGAAAGAAGCAAAACAAAUUAUUUCAGGUUUACUUGAACGUGAUUCAAAACGACGAUUAGGAAAUAAAUCUUCACCACUAGGAUUAUUAAAAGACCAACCUUUUUUUUUAAAAGAACCAUAUACAUUAGACAAUAUUGAAAAUCGUCGAGUACCUCCACCAUGGGUUCCUAAGUCUUUAACACCAUUGGAACCAAGUAGUAAACCAUUACGUUUACCUGAUUUUGAACAAAAAGAUAAAGUUUUAUUAUUAUCAACACCACCCGAUACAUUUCGUGGUUUUUCUUUUAUUAAUACAAAUACUUCGACCAGUUUCUAA